AUGCCCGGCACUCUACCCCAAGCCGAAGACCAUGCGGACGUCCUCAUUGUCGGGGCUGGUCCUGCGGGUCUGAUGCUGGCAAACUGGCUGAGUCGAUGCGGUGUGAAGACUCGGAUUGUUGAUAAGAGAGGAACAAAGAUCUUCAACGGCCAAGCGGACGGUCUACAAUGCCGAACCCUGGAAAUCUUCGACUCGUUCGAUUUUGCAGAUCGCGCAUGGCGUGAAUCAAACCACAUGCUGGAGAUUUGUCUCUGGAACCCUGACGAACAGGGUCGUAUUCGACGCUCCGAUCGAAUCCCCGACACCAUUCCCGGGAUCAGUCGAUUCCAGCAAGUCGUGCUGCACCAGGGCCGUAUCGAGCGCUUCUUCCUCGACUCUAUCAAGGAGCACAGCGACAUCGUAGUCGAACGAGGAGUGUUGCCCACCACAUUUGAAUUUGACGACGCCAAGGCAGACGAUUUCAACGAGUACCCGAUCAACGUCACGGUGCGCACCCUCUCAGAUGUAGAGUCUACACCGCAGCAGCAGCAGCAACAUCAUAAAUCCGCAGAUGGAAAGGAGACAACCGUCAGCGACGGACUUUUCCGAAGUAAUCUAGCAGCCGACGACACGGAUGAUCUCAUUCGUGCUGCAGAAGCCAAUUCCCGAGUCGACCAGGUCGAAUCCAUCAAAGCCAAGUUCCUCGUUGGUUGUGACGGGGCACACUCCUGGGUCCGUCGCCAACUAGGCUUCCAGCUCGAGGGUGACUCUACAGAUUACAUCUGGGGAGUCCUCGACAUCGUGCCCAUCACCGAUUUCCCAGAUAUCCGACAGCGCUGCGCGAUUCAUUCCGCAAAUGCAGGCAGUGUCAUGGUGAUUCCACGAGAGAACAAGCUCGUCCGAUUGUACAUCCAGUUACAAUCCACGGAACAUGCACAGGCAGGUGGCAAGGCAGACCGGUCCUGGAUCACGCCGGAGAUCAUCCUGCAAUCAGCGCAGAAAAUUCUGCAUCCUUAUAAGCUCGAUUAUUCGUAUUGUGACUGGUGGACAGCUUACCAGAUUGGCCAGCGCGUGGGUAACCAGUUCUCGCUGAAAGAGAGAGUCUUUUUGGCAGGUGAUGCUGUGCACACCCACUCGCCCAAGGCUGGUCAGGGUAUGAACGUGUCUAUGCAGGAUACAUACAAUCUGGGAUGGAAGCUCGCUCACGUCGUGAAGGGUUACAGUGACCCAUCCAUUCUCAAGACAUAUCAGUCUGAGAGAAGGAAGAUUGCUCAGGAUCUGAUUGCCUUUGAUCACCGCUUUUCCAGAUUGUUCUCGGGUCGUCCUGCCAAGGAUAUCAUGGAUGAGGAAGGUGUGAGUAUGGAGGAGUUCAAAGCGGCCUUUGAGAAGGGGAAUGAGUUUGCCAGUGGUAUUGCGGUCAACUACGGCGCCAGUCUCAUCGUUGCUAAAGAAGGCGACGACACAAGUAUCGCCCAAGACAAAUCCACUCGCGUGAUCAGCAAGCCCCAACUAGCAGCAAAGAUCGACAUCGGCAAGCGCAUGCCCAGUUUCAAAGUCCUCAACCAAUCCGACGCCCGCCCCUGGCACCUCCAAGAACUCCUAAAGAGCAACGGGAAAUGGCGAAUCAUCGUAUUCCCAGGCCACCUAAGCGCACCCACAAACAUGCAACGAAUGCAAACCCUCGGCGCAAGACUCGGAGCCAAAGAUUCAUUCAUCCAUCGCUACACACCAACCAACCAACAAAUCGACAGUGUGAUCGAAGUAUUGACCGUCCACGCCGGACCCAGAGCGAGCCUCGAGCUGCUAGAUCUCCCCGAGGCAUUCCAUCCGUACAGUGAGACCCUGGGAUGGGAUUAUUGGAAGGUCUUUGUGGAUGAUCAAUCUUAUCAUGAGGGUCAUGGUCAGGCUUAUGUUAAUUAUGGGAUUGAUCCGGUUAAGGGGGCGAGUGUUAUCUUGCGGCCUGAUCAGUAUGUGAGUUGGGUUGGGGAGGUUGAUGAUUAUGAUGAGAUGGAGAGGUUCUUUGCUGGGUUUAUGAAGGCGCAGAAUUUGGAAAAAGAGUGA